AUGUUGCGUGAUCAAUCACCAUUUAUUCAAUGCCUUUUAGGCACUGGAUUUACAUGGUUUGUUACAGCACUUGGUGCUUCUUUGGUAUUUAUAUUUCAUUCAAGCAACCAAAAAUUACUUGAUUAUAGUCUUGGUUUUGGAGCUGGAGUAAUGACUGCAGCAUCAUUUUGGAGUUUACUUGAACCAGCAUUUAAAAUAGCUUUUGAACAAAAUUAUAUUAGUAUUCAAUUAAAUUUUUUAUUAAUUAUUAUUGGUUUUUUACUUGGUGCUUUAUUUGUUUAUAUGGCUGAUUUAUUAUUACCAUCAAUAACAUCAAAACAAGCAUUUCAAUAUUUAUCAAAUAAAAAAAAUAAUGAAAUAAAAUUAAAAAAACAUCAAGAUAAUAUAUCAAAUUUAAAAACACAUUCUAUUGUACGUGAACGUUUAAAACAUAGUCAAGAUUUAAUGAAACAAGGUGAUCUUCCUAAUGGUGAUAAUUCAAUUGAAGAAAUUAACGACAUUGAUAGAAAAACAGAUGAACGAACAAAAUGGCAUCGAUUACUUUUACUUAUUAUUGCUGUUACUGUACACAAUUUUCCAGAAGGUAUGGCUGUUGGUGUUGGUUUUGGAUCCAUUCCAUCGUCGAACAAUGCAACAUUGGCAUUUAAUCAUGCAAGAAAUUUAGCAAUUGGUAUUGGUAUACAAAAUUUUCCUGAAGGAUUGGCAGUCAGUUUACCUCUACGAUCAUUUGGUAUAGGAACUUUCAAAGCAUUUUGGUAUGGUCAAUUAAGUGGCUUAGUUGAAAUAAUAGCUGGACUUCUUGGUGUUUACUUUGUGCAAUUAGCUAAUUGUCUGCUGCCAUUUUCACUUUCAUUUGCAGCUGGUGCAAUGCUUUUUGUUGUUUUUAACGAAAUUAUACCAAAUAUAACUCCUCAACAUCGAACUAUAUCAUCUUGGUGCGUCAUGGGUGGAUUUACGAUAAUGAUGAUAUUAGAUGUUCUAUUUGGUUGA